CACUCAACAAAAUGGUUUUUUGGGAAAUCCAGCAAACGGUCACACCGCUGUAAUUUCCUCCCAAAAACGUAAACAAACCUUUGUAAUUAUCAAUUUGCCGCUUAAAUUACUUGAAAAUGUCCAUGCAAAAGGCAAAAAUUAUCGACCAAAAGGAGUAUCUUAAAAAGUACCUGUCCGGCGACAAGGAGAAGAAGAAGAAAAAGAAGGAGAAGAAACACAAAAAGGCGGCCAAAGUGAAAAUCAUUGAUGACGAUGCGUACGAAGAUAAUGGCCAGGAAAUGGACGAGGAUCUUCUGCUGGGCGGAGAGGAUGCGCCCCAAAUUGUGGCCGAGUACAUCGAGGAAAAUCCCAAUGUGCGCAGCAAGUGGCGCAACAUCGCAGUCAAAGAUGAAAUCAAGGAGGAGCACGAGGAAUCCUCUCCAGCCUCUGGUGUUCGCAUCAAGCAGGAGCCCAUAGAUGACGAGCAAGAGAUGUGGGGACGAAAGGCAACCGUGGUUAAGGUGAAAGAUGAGUUCUCUCCUUCCAGGAGAAGCCCACCUGUUAAAAUUAAGCAGGAGAAACGCAGCAGCUCGAGGGAUUUGAGUCCAGCAAGAUCCAAAAGGUCAUCAAAGAGCGCUCAGCGCAGUAAAAGGGAUCAAUCACCCCGUCGCCGAAGAGCUGACAGCUCGGAUCAAAGUCCUCCGAGAAGAGGAAGGGAUGCAGAUCCUUCACCUUCGCGCAGAAAACGUAGAAAUUCCGACCAGAGUCCACCCAGAAAAGCAAGAAGUGGAAAUCAAUCGCCGCCACGAAGACAAAAAGGCAAAGAUCAAUCGCCAGCCCGAAAAAGACGAGAUUCGGAUCAGAGUCCUCCAAGAAAACGAAAGGAUAAACAGUCGCCAACUAGAAGGAGGCGAGAUUCCGAUCAAAGUCCACCAAGGCAUCGCAGAAGUAACUCCGAUCAGAGUCCGCCCAGAAGACGCAGAGAUAAGGAUGAUUCUCCACCAAGAAGGAAAAGAGAUUCUGACCAAAGCCCACCAAGAAGGAGGAGGAAAGACUACGACCAAAGCCCGCCCAGGAAAAGGAAAGACGACGAUCAAUCUCCUGUUCGCAAGAGAAGAGAUUCCGACCAAAGCCCACCUAGAAGACGUAAAUAUGACAAUGACUCGCCACCGAGAAGGAAUUCCGAUCAGAGCCCACCAAGAAAGCCUAAGAAUGAGGAUCAAUCUCCACCGCGAAGAAGACGGGACUCUGAUCAAAGUCCGCCCAGGAAACGGGAGAAAUCCCCGACAUCCUUCAGCAGAAAUCGGGAACAGAGUUCUCCGCAACGCAAUCCGUUCAAGGAAGAGAGAAAAAGUCGCUGGGCAAAGGCAUCGCCAAGCAAAUCACUUUCGCCGCCUCCAACGCACAAACCGAAAUCCACUAAAACUCUAGAUGGCAAGAAGGCAGGUCUGCAGGAUGCACAGUCCUUGAAGAAGGAAACAGACGAAAGAAGGCGACAAGAGCACGAUAUGUUUGAGAACAUGUCCAGUGAAGUUUCCGGGCGAGAUGGUGAAGUUCAGAUGCGCAGCACCGGGAGAAAGGGACGACGAGCACGGGAGGCUGCCGACGAGGAUCCUGCAGAGCAGCGGCGCAAGGAGGAGCACGAGAAGAAGAAGAAGGAGCUGUACGAUCGCUGGGGCAAGGGUCUGAAGCAAAUCGGAGAUCACAAGACCCGCCUAGAGGAGAUGGCCCACGAAGCCUCCAAGCCGGUGGCUCGCUACGCCAACGACGAGGAUCUGGACAGGCAUCUCAGGGAGCAGGAGCACGCCGACGAUCCGAUGCUGGAGUACAUGCGGGAGAAGCGCAAGAAACGCGACCAGCUGGACAACAAGCCGGUGAUGCCAAAAUAUGAGGGCAGCUUUCCGGAGAACCGAUUUGGCAUCCGGCCGGGAUAUCGAUGGGAUGGCGUGGACCGGUCCAAUGGCUACGAGCAGCGAUGGUUCGACAAACAGAGCGAACGACGAGCGGUGCAGGACGAGGCAUACAAGUACAGCGUGGAGGAUAUGUAAAAUCAAGGCUGCAUAAUUUGUUCACUUGUUGCAAUAAAGAUUUCACAACUGCCUGUAAACUGCUAAAAAGCAACUACAAAAUCAGUUUUA